UCUGCAGACUGAACAGCCAUAGGAUUCCCAGAUUUGCAUCACCAUUGGUGUGGCCUUGCGAGAACAGCAGAGGAGCAGCUGCUGGGCCUGGCAGGGCAGGGGCAUGGAGCAGCUGUGCUCUCAACACUGCUACGUAUGGACACUGUGCUGCCAGGGCACUCCGCUACACAUCAGAAUCCAUAAAGAGAAAUCUUAAGCCACACACACAGCCCGGGAGGCACAGCAUUCCAAACCCAAGACGCCAGUGCCACCGUACCUGAUCACGGACAGAAGUGCUGGAUGAGAGCUGGUGGUUUGGACCAGGCUUCAGUGGUUCCAUGCUUCCGUGUUUCCAUGGUUCAGCAAUCAGGAGGCCACUGUCACCAACAAGAUCUCUGCUUUUCCAUCCAGCUCUUAGGAGCUCCUCUGACUCAGCAGCCUAAGGCUGCAGUGCAGGCACCACAAACACACUGUGAUUUUUGUGAUCACCCUGCGUGCAGAGAAAAGAUUUUUCUCCCCUAAAUGCAGACUGUGUUGGGGAACCACUGCCUUCACACUCAACAUACAACACUGACAAUAUGCUGGAUGCUGACUGUCCUCUCAUGCAGCUUUACUUACACAUAUCUCAUAGUCCUGGGCUGAAUUUCCACACACCCCCCAGCUGCAGGAGGGGAGGACCAGCUCCUGCCUAGCUGACAGGCAUGGCACUCUCCUUCCUGCAGCUGAUCCCGUUUUGAAGGUGAGAUGCUCACUGCUCACAGACCCACAUGGCCAGCAGCAGGAGGGGACAAACCCCGUGGGCCUGCUGUGCCUGCAGCCCCCAGCAUGGGACAUGGAUGGAAUGGGCAAAGACACGUGUCCCCAGCAAAUCAGGACAGCAUAGGGUACGGUCCUGGGCUUUCCAUGGUGGCACACAGAAGAGCCUGAAAGAGUCCUAAUGCAAGCCAUGCCCUCCGAUGAAGCACUGCCCCUCCCUCCCUAUCUCCAUACCCUGAUGCCAGAGGAGGAAGUGAUGACACAUCCUGAUUCCCAGAAUGCUCUCCGUGCUUUCACUUUAACAGUGAUGCAGGCAGAAGAAUUAUGGGCAACUACCUGUUCUCUUCUGGACGCCGGCAGCCCCGAGAGUCUGAUGACCCCUCUCCCAGGGACCUUGCCAUGCUUCAAGGGGCUAGAAGCAGAGAAGAAUUUCUGAGGGAGACCACACCCAGCUCCACAUUCUCCAUCUCUGUGAAGUCUCAGCUGGAAAAAACUAUUUCUGUGCCUGUAUCUGUGAACGACACGGUGCUGGACCUGAAGGUGAAGCUAUUUGCACUGGAUAGCUAUUUCUACCCUUCUCGGUCAACAAUGAUUCAUGAUGGACAGGAGCUGAUGAAUGAACAAACUCUGAGACAUUACAACAUUACCUCCAACAGCAGCGUACACCAUAUUCUUAGGUAUGAUCUAGAAGAAUCACAGGCAGUCAUACAGGGAGGACUGUCUCGCAUCACCUCCACGAGUGCAGAGGAAUUCCGGAAACUGAUGCAGUUCCUUUUUCUAGAAAAGCAGAGAUUCUGUUUCUGUUCCAGGCAGGAACUUCAACAAGUGAAGCCAGAGAUAGAUCCACACAUUUUGAAGGAACAAAACAUAUACAAAGCUUGUCUCCCUGGACCAGGCAUCUUCCAGUGCUCUGAGACGGGUCUUGCGUUCGAGGUGGAAUCAGCAGCCAGCAUCGUGUACAGAUAUGCCAACUGGAGCAUGCAUCUGAAAGAGGCUGACCAGAACUUGUGGGAACCUGCUGGGCCUCUUUUCAACAUCUGGGCGCUGCCUGGAACCGUGCGGGCUGUGUAUCUCCCCCACUUCAUCUGCGUGUCAGCCUGCCCUUCCUUUCUCUCAGGGGCAUAUCCAGGACCUGCUUACACAGGUGGACACAGUUGGACCUACGAUAAUAUCUUCUUGAGACGUGACUCAAGACUCCGCCACUACCUUCGUCACCUCUGUGGUAGCCUGUACUCCCUUGCAUUCUUCUACCCUGCUUUGCCAUCCUCCAACCUUUCCUCAUGUUUUAUUAAGUACUCACAGUGUUCCCUUCCACACCACCUGCUUUGCACUCACACCACUGCAUUCUCCUCUCCCAGUGGCUUUGAUGACCCACAACGUUCUCCCCCAGCUGUGCAGCAGUCCCAUGCUGCUACCUCUAGUCUGCAGUUUUCUGAGCCCAGAGAAAGACUAGCAAAGACCUGUAAUACCCUGCUGGGCUCAGGAACCCUGUAAAUCCAGAGUAUACAUCAACCCUAAAGCAGAGCAUGUCAUUUUCUCUUGGGGUGUGUCUCCCUUCUUCUAAUAACCCCUCAAAGAGAAGGAGGUACCCUGGUAGGAUGCAAGGAAGACAAAGAAGAACAUUGUGGCCUUUGUGUCUCUCUUAGGAGCAAAUAUCAGUGGAUGCUCCAUUGCCCAUUUUGAAUUUGAGAAGAUGACCAUACAGCAGCCAAAAAAAGUGAUGGCUUUCACUGUUGUCCGGAGUAAUCCCAGUUUUCUCU